AUGUCUCUUGUGACAGACGAAAUUAGAGCAUCUGCUUCAGAAGUCUACCAUGGGGAUGCAAUUUGUCAAGAAAAAUCUAAGUUUCUGCUCACAGAGAUGUCACUUCCCAAUGGUCUCUUGCCUUUAGAAGACAUCGAGGAAUGUGGUUAUGUGAAAGACACCGGCUUUGUGUGGCUUAAACAAAAGAAAGAGAAGAAACACAAGUUUGAAAAAAUCGGGAAGCUUGUAUCAUAUGGAACAGAAGUAACGGCGACCAUAGAGAAGGGCAAGAUCAAGAAACUUACGGGUGUUAAGACUAAGGAGCUUAUGCUGUGGAUCACACUUAGUGAUAUAACUGUUAAUGAAUCCAACCCUGAUAAGAUCAGUUUCCAGGCCACUUCUGGCUUAUACAGAACUUUUCCAGUUUCGGCUUUUCAAGUUGAGGAUGUGAAGAAAGAUGUGGGUGUGGCAAAGGAUGCUAAAGUGGUUGAAGGGGAUGUGGCUAAGGAAACCCAAGUCAAGGAGGUUUGA